AUGACAUGGCUUGGUGUGUCUGAUGAAUCCCAUGCACUUAGCAAUAACAUGUUAGCUCAAAAGAUUAUUGAGCAGGAAACACCUGCUAAGGCGCACCAAGCAGCCCGAGAACUGAGACAUACAAUUGAGGGGAAACUUUUUCAACUUGUGUUAGACGAUGUUUGGAAUAUUAAGGAUCGUGGGGAAUGGCUUAAAUUAGAAAACUUGUUCAGGGCUGGAAGAAAAGGGAGUAUGAUCGUUGUCACUACAAGCAGUAUGGAAGUGGCGGAGACAAUGGGCACGCAUCUGCCUCUUUCCUUGAAAGAUUUGCAUAAAGGUAACUCUUGGGAGCUAUUUUGUAGAGUGGUUUUUGGGAACGGGAAAGAACCUUAUGAUCACAAGUUGGUGGGGAUGGGAAAGGAUAUUGUGAGAAAAUGUGCAGGAGUUCCACUUGCAAUAAGAACCAUUGAACUUCCUAGCGACUUGAAGAGAUUGGUAAGACUGAGACAUCUUAAAUUGGAUUAUUGUGAGAGCUUGAUAUGCAUGCCAAGUGGUUCGGGGUGUUUGAUUAAUCUCCAAACACGGACAACAUUUGUGGUGGACGAAGUGAGUGGUAGUGGUGGUGCAAGGAUAAGUGAGCUACAUGAUCUGAUCUGUUUGAGGAGACAUUUGGAGAUUACAAAUUUGAGAAGGCAGUGGAGAAAUGUAAAGGAGAUUGAGUCAUCAUAG